AUGCCCUUACUCCGCUUAGAGAAAGUUAAUAUUGGCUCGGUGUUUAACCACACAAUUCGUUCCCAAACUCAUUCACUUGCUCCUGUGGAGCGGGAUACACUGGCCGUAAAACGAGGCACAGAAGUCAUGGAACAGACAGGAGUUCCCAGCAUCCAGACUAUACUGAGGAAACUUCAGUUGCGCUGGAACGGCUACCUCGAGAUGGCAAAUGACGAGCGUCUACUAAAACGACUCUUCUACAGAAACGCUACUACGGGUGAUCGUCGACAAAGGGGAGAGACGAUACAUUGUAAGGACACCUUACUGACCUCCCUCAAGGAAUUCAAGUCAAUCCGGACACCUGAAAUGAUCUCACCCAGGAUAGACCGGUCUGGAGAAGAACAGGGAAGACUGGAGCAUCCGUUUACAAAGUCAGUCGAAUCUCCUCCGCCAAAGCCAAAGGAACGGCUCAUAAACUCCGCGAACCCACAACCCAAAAUUCCCACCAAUUCUAACGUGUCCACAACGUCGUCAGACAUUCCGCGCGCGGACCGAUCUCGCCGGACAUCUCCGGGCUCAAUACCACAGUAG